CCGGCGACGCGCACCGCCGCAACAAUGGAGGUGGCCUCCUCUUCCUCCUCCACCUCCCCGCCGCCCCCUUCCAAGCCGAGCUUCCGCCUCCGCCUCAACCCCGCCGCCUUCCUCCUCCGCCCCGUCUCCCCUUCCCCAACCCCUCCUCCUCCAGCUCCCACCCCUUCCUCCUCAUCCUCCGCAACCCCUCCCAAACAUCCAUCCACCGGCGGCACCACCACCAACCCGCUAAUCGCCUUCCUCUCCUCCAUCCUCCCCAUCACCACCCCCCGCACCACCACCACCACCACCACCCGCCGCAGCAGCAGCGGCAGCUCGCCAAUCGCGGAGCUGCGGAAGGCGGCGGCGGCGGACGCGGAGGCGGAGCUCCAGCUCGCGGGGUGCGCGGUGCCGCUGUUCCGGCCAUACGUGGCGCGCCUGCCGUGGCACGGCGGGACGCGGGCGUGGCUGUCGAAGCUGUUCCCGCGGUACGGUCACUACUGCGGGCCAAACUGGUCGAGCGGCAAGGAGGCCGGGUCCGUGCUCUGGGACCGCCGCCCCGCCGACCACCUCGACUUCUGCUGCUACUGCCACGACAUGGCCUACGACACCCACGACCAGGCCCAGCUGCUCCGCGCCGACCUCGCCUUCCUCCGAUGCCUCCAGGGCAGCCGCACCACCCCCGCCCUCGACGGCGCCGCCGCCGCCGCCGUAUACCGCUCCAUGUGCAUCUUUGGGCUCAAGGUGAUCCUGAUACCGUAUCGGACGAACCUGGUGCGACUGCAGAAGGGGCCGAAUUACGGCGAUGUCUUCGCCGAUUUUGUCAAGAGGAUGGCCUCGUCUUCCGGCAGGCCGACGACCGGCGGCGGCGAGAAGCAGAGAUUGUGAGGCCCAACGAGUCAACGAGAUGAUGAUCCGUGCCAAUGGCGCUGGAUUGAAUUGCUCGGCUGAUUGAGAUGUCGCAACUGUAUAUAAUUACAGGUUUUGACGAGGGAGAGCUUUAUGUACUAUCCUCCCGUCUCUAAUUGUAGUAACUGAUCAAAGAACUUUGGAGUUCUUAAUGUGGAGAGAUCUCUAAUGUAAAUAUAGCUUAGCGUGUGAUCAUUGAUAUCAACAAUGUGCGCCUCUGGCGACAAAAUGAACACAGCAAAGUUGUUGCAC